GCAAAACACCGCCCGCAAAAUCGCUCCCCAGACGUCAAUCAAUCCCGCAACUGUUCUCUCGGUCCCCCCUCCCAUGCACCUGAUCGUCUAGUUCAUGGGGCUGGAUCAGAGUCGCAACAAUGAGGAUUACGGAGAUUAUUAUUGACGGCUUCAAAUCGUACGCCGUGCGUACGGUGAUCUCAGGAUGGGACGAAUCCUUCAACUCCAUCACCGGUCUCAACGGUAGUGGUAAAUCAAACAUCCUCGAUGCCAUCUGUUUCGUCCUCGGUAUCACGAACAUGUCCACUGUUCGCGCGCAGAACCUGCAGGAUCUCAUUUACAAACGUGGUCAAGCCGGUGUGACCAAGGCCAGUGUGACGAUUGUCUUCGAUAACCGCGACACCGCGAAAUCGCCGAUCGGAUUCGAGGAAUAUGCGACCAUCUCGGUGACUCGGCAGAUUGUUCUUGGAGGCACGAGCAAGUACCUCAUCAACGGACACCGCGCGCAGCAGCAGACUGUGCAAAACCUCUUCCAGAGUGUGCAGCUGAACAUCAACAAUCCCAAUUUCUUAAUUAUGCAAGGUCGUAUUACGAAAGUCUUGAAUAUGAAACCCGUUGAAAUUCUGUCCAUGAUUGAGGAAGCGGCCGGUACACGGAUGUUUGAGGAUAGGAGGGAAAAGGCUGUGAAGACAAUGGCCAAGAAAGAGCUCAAGUUGCGCGAAAUUGAAGAGCUUCUUAAGGAAGAAAUCGAGCCCAAGCUCGAGAAGCUGCGAUCCGAAAAGCGCGCUUUCCUCGACUUCCAACAGACCCAGAAUGACUUGGAGCGCUUGACUCGCUUGGUGGUCGCCCACGACUACCUCAGGGGCAAUGAGAGGCUACGGGUUUCCGGAGAAGAAUGCGAGCAAAAGAGGAACAAGGUGCAGGCGCUGGAAGAUAAUGCGGCCAAGCUAAAGAGCGAAAUUGCUCACCUUGAGGAGGAUAUGAAGCGGGUCAGAGCAGCCCGCGAUAAGGAACUACGGAAGGGUGGUAAAUUUCAGGCUCUGGAGGAUGAGGUCAAGUCCCACUCGCAUGAACUUGUUCGUUUGACCACCGUUUUCGAUCUCAAGAAUGCCAGCAUUGCUGAAGAGAAAGAAAAGAGGAAGGAAGUCCAGAGAACCGUGACGGACCUGGAGAAGGUCCUCAAGGAGAAGCAGAGGGUCUACGAUAAGCUUCAGGCCCAGUAUGAUGCCGCUAAAGCAGAGCUUGACGCCCAGACAGCUGAAGUGGAGCAGAAGGAAGAAUUGCUCCAGACCCUGCAGACUGGUGUCGCUUCCAAGGAAGGCCAGGAAAGUGGCUACCAGGGCCAGCUCCAGGACGCUCGUAACCGUGCCAACACGGCCGCCACUGAACAAGAGCAGGCCAAGCUCAAGAUCGCGAACUUGGAGAAGAGGAUCAAGGAAGAGGAGCCGCGCGCGAAGAAGGCCAAGGAACAGAACUCCGGUCUCCUGAAAGAAUUGGAGGGACUGAAGUCGCAAGCCAAGAAGCUUGAUUCAGAACUUUCUAGGCUAGGAUUUGAGCCGGGUCGCGAGGAGGAGCUAUACCAGCAGCAGACCGAACUUCAAAAAGAGAUCCGUGAGCUGCGUCAGAGAGCAGACGGCCUCCAGAGGAAGGUUGCAAAUGUCGAUUUCAACUACAGUGACCCCCAUCCUCACUUCGAUCGUUCUAAAGUCAAAGGUCUGGUUGCGCAGCUCUUUAGUCUUGACAAGGAGAAGCUCCAAGCCGCUACGGCAUUGGAGAUCUGCGCGGGUGGCCGUCUGUACAACGUUGUUGUCGACACCGCUGAAACCGGUACCCAGCUGCUUCAGAAGGGAAGACUGAAGAAGCGUGUGACCAUCAUCCCCCUCAACAAGAUAUCCUCAUUUGUUGCCUCGGCAGAGAAGAUUGGAGCAGCACAGAGGAUUGCUCCUGGCAAGGUUGAUCUUGCCUUGUCGCUCAUCGGCUAUGACGAGGAAGUUACUUCGGCAAUGAACUACGUCUUCGGUAACACCCUGAUUUGCAAUGAUGCCGACACAGCCAAGCGGGUCACGUUUGACCCUUCCGUUCGGAUUAAGAGUGUAACGCUCGAGGGUGAUGUCUACGACCCAUCCGGUACUCUGUCCGGAGGUAGUGCCCCUAACACGAGCGGUGUGCUUGUCACCCUGCAGAAGUUCAAUGAGAUUACUCGGGAGAUCCGGAGCAAGGAGCGACAGCUGGCUACUGUGGAGGAAACAAUGAGGAAGGAGAAGAAGAAGCUGGAUGCUGCUCGUACAAUCAAGCAAGAGCUGGACCUUAAGACCCACGAGAUCAAGCUCACGGAGGAGCAGAUCAGCAGCAACUCUUCUUCCUCGAUCAUUCACGCCGUAGAAGAGAUGAAAGCGAACAUCGAGCAGCUGAAGAAGGACAUCUCUGAUGCGAAGACUCGCCAGAGCGAAGCAUCCAAGGAUAUCAAGCGCAUCGAGAAGGAUAUGAGUGAGUUCAACGACAACAAGGACAGCAAACUUGCGGAACUGCAGUCUUCCCUGGACUCCCUGAAGAAGAGUCUGGCCAAGAACUCCAACUCGGUCAAGACCCUACAGAAAGAGCUUCAGAACUCCCGGUUAGAGCUGGAGCAAGUUGGCGGUGAUCUGUCGGCGGCCGAGGAACAAAACGCUGAGGCCGAAAACACCCUCAAGGCUCAGAUGGAAGAAAUCCAGUCGCUGAAGAGAGAACAGGCUCGGAUCAAGGACGCCCAUGAUAUUGCCCAGGCUCACCUGGAGGAUGAAAGGGCCAAGCUGACCGGUUUUGAUGAUGAGUUGCGUGAACUCGAGCGGACGAAGCAGUCGAAGAACUCUCAACUUACGGAAGAGGGCUUGGAAGUCCAGAAGCUGGGACACCAGCUCGAGAAACUGCAGAAGGAGCAACAAGCUGCGGCGCAGACGGUGGCUCAUAUGGAGGAGGAGCAUGAAUGGAUCGCUGAUGAGAGGGAUAACUUCGGACGGUCCAACACGGCAUACGAUUUCAAGAACCAGAAUAUCGCCGAGUGCAAGUCGACACUGCGCAACCUGACGGAGCGAUUCCAGGGCAUGAAGAAGAAGAUCAACCCCAAGGUGAUGAACAUGAUCGACAGCGUCGAGAAGAAGGAGGCUGCCCUGAAGAACAUGAUGAAGACCGUCAUUCGUGACAAGAGCAAGAUUGAGGAGACCAUCAUCAACUUGAACGAGUACAAGAAGGAGGCCCUCCACAAAACGUGGACUAAGGUCACAGCCGACUUUGGACAGAUCUUCAACGACCUGCUACCCGGCAGUUUUGCCAAGCUGGAACCCCCUGAGGGCAAGGAUAUCACCGAAGGUCUGGAAGUCAAGGUGUCUCUGGGCAAGGUCUGGAAGCAGAGUUUAACCGAGCUCAGUGGUGGACAACGGUCUCUCAUUGCGCUUUCGCUAAUUAUGGCGCUACUACAAUUCAAGCCGGCGCCAAUGUACAUUCUGGACGAGGUUGAUGCCGCUCUGGAUCUGUCGCAUACCCAGAACAUUGGUCGGUUGAUCAAGACGCGAUUCAAGGGAUCGCAGUUCAUCGUUGUGUCGCUGAAGGACGGCAUGUUCCAGAAUGCCAACCGGAUCUUCCGCACAAGGUUCAGCGAGGGAACCAGUGUGGUCCAGGCCUUGACUCCUGCCGACAUGAAGUAGACCUCAAGCUGGGAUUGUUAUUCUUCAUUUGUCGAUAUUGCGUUGGUGCAUAUGGGUCUUUUGGUUUGGACAUUGGACAUGGCGCGUUACGUGACAGGCCAGGAGGUUGGGACGGGGUGUUUUCGGAUGAUGUAUAUGAUUCUGGAUGAUUCUGCAGUUCUACACCGUACUCUUAUGAGAUAUGUUAAUGACGGAC